GAUAAAGCUUUAACCGUACUCCAUGCAGUGACACUUUUUCUUUCCUGGACCGACGCGAAACAGGAAAGCAGGUUGUGUGUGUGUGUGUGUGUGUGUGUGUGUGUGUGUGUGUCUGCUAUCUCAUUUUCCACACUGGAACACACCUGGAUGCCUUCUCGCCAAAGACGUACGGUAAAGAGGAGGGCGGCUUCUGUAACUGAAUUGCAACUUGGAAUGUCUUGUAGCUUUGGAUAGACACCUGUAAUCCGCUCACCUUGAGAGAGAGAUCUUCCUGCAUUGAUACCACGCGGACCUGCCUUCUAUCACUGAGCGCACACACAGCUACAGGGCAGAAAGAGAAAGCAAAGCCACAUUUUCUGAAUGAAGAGGAAGGCACGGUUUGUAGAACAGGAACAGUCACAUACUGUACGCGAGCUCGCAACCGGGACAUUGACGUUACUGAUCUGGAUUAACAAUCUGCCUAACGCCAUUUAAGUAUUUCCUGAAAGCAACACACAGUAAUUAAAUAACAUCCAGUUAAAUCACACUGGAUCACUAUGCUUGCCAAGAGGCUCAGACCAAAUAGUCAUUCUGCAUUGUGAGACUACCUGCCGUCUGCUACAGGCUGGGAACAGGAGGAUACGGAGUUGGAUGAAGAGGGAAAUGCCCUGAAACAAGAAAGAAAAACGUUGCAAUAGUGUCGGUAACACAACCAUACUUUGAGGACAAACUCCAAAAUUGUUCGAAGAGAUUUCAUUUGGUGCACAGACUCUGCUGCCCCUUCCCUCCCAUGGUUUUCCCUGUGUGAGCUGGGCAGAUGGAGUCUCUGGGUAAAUCGACCAUAUGGCUGCGGGAUGAGCUGGACUCUCCUGCGCAGAAUGUUCGCAUCCUGGACUGUCGUAGCCGGGAGCUUUAUGACUCUUCGCACGUGGAGAAAGCUCUACAUGUAGCGCUGCCAGGGCUUAUGCUCCGCAGGCUACGCAAGGGCAACCUCUCUGCCCAUUCCUUGCUCCCGGGGUCACCACCAGCAGUGAGAGAGGUGGCAUUGUUGUAUGAUGAGUGCACUGCCAGCCUCCCAGGGCGCCAAACAGAGGAACAGGAACCCAUCCUUGUGACUCUUCUUCAUAAGCUUCGGAAGGAAGGGUGCCAAGCCUUCUACUUGCAAGGUGGCUUCAGCAAGUUUCAGGCUGAAUUUCCUCACCAUUGUGAAACCAACCUUGACUCCACCAGUUGUGCCAGUAGCUCACCGCUGCCCCCAACUCCGGUGCUAGGACUUGGAGGCCUGUGCAUUGCCUCUGACUGCUCUGAUGUUGAGUCUGACCUUGACCGGGAGCCGCUGAGUGGGGUGGACUCCGAAGGCAUGAGUCCCCGCAACCAGCCCCCAUCAUUCCCUGUGCAAAUUCUGCCCCACUUAUACCUGGGAAGUGCAAGGGAUUCUGGGAACAUGGACACUCUGGCCAAGCUAGGUAUUCGUUACAUCCUUAAUGUCACCCCAAAUCUACCCAAUAUCUUUGAGAAAGACGGCGAAUUCCACUACAAGCAGAUUCCUAUAUCUGACCACUGGAGUCAAAACCUUUCUCAGUUUUUCCCAGAAGCCAUUGAGUUUAUUGAUGAGGCAGCUUCCCACAAUUGUGGGGUACUGGUGCAUUGUCUGGCGGGCAUCAGUCGAUCCGUCACUGUCACUGUUGCCUACCUCAUGCAGAAGCUCAACCUGUCCCUUAACGAUGCCUACGAUUUUGUCAAGCGCAAAAAGACCAACAUCUCCCCCAAUUUCAACUUCAUGGGACAGUUGUUGGAUUUUGAAAAAAGUUUGGGCCUUAGUAGCCCCGACGACAAUCGACCACCUGGACACUCUUUCUUUACAAGUCCAUCCAGCGAUGAUGUCUUCGAACUAGACUCUUUAGACUCAACGUAGGACAAUUCUUUUGGAUCUACAUUAUGAGUAUUUUCAUAUAUUAUCUUUUCAUUCCUUUUGUGAGCCUAACCAGCUCAGAUAGAGGGGAGCAGCUAUAGAUAGGCUGCAGGAUAAAAAAGUCCACUCCUACGGGGCUGUGGAGAUAAAUAUGGAGACCAUCACGCUACGUUAAACUGAAGGGAAGCGUACAGUGUUGAGCAGGUAUUUCCAAGACCUAUUCCCCCUACGGCAGUUCCAGUCUGGUGUGAAUUAAAAUGAGUUACCCAGUUCUUCAAAGAGGAUGAUGAGAUGAUCACAAGUGAGAACCAAAACAUUUACACCGACAGAAGACCUUACAGAAGACUCUUGUUGAGAAUUAGCAGAAGACCAGCAGCAGUUUACAUUGAGCAAAGCAUUGUAGCCUUCGCCUGGUAAGGCAGCCAGUAAGCUAUUAGCACGAUGCUUUCCCUUCCAGCAUCAAAUGGGUUAGUAUUGUCCUAAUGAUCUGAUUAUUAUUUUAUCUUUAAUUGCUGAAUUUUAAAGGAGAGGCAUCAGAUGCUCUAAAUGAAACAUAGUCAACUGGGAAUAAACUAAAAUCAGGAACAUACUCCUUUUUUUAAAUGGAUCACGACAAGGACUGACUCAUCUGUUUUGCUUGGACUGGAAUGAUAAAUCCUGUGAGCGGAAUCUAGAAGUUUACAAAGGGAAGAAGGAGCAGGUGGUGAAAUACACAAGUUCCAUCUGGAGUCCACAUACAGUGAUCGAGAUCCACUUCACCACUGCACAGGACGAUUACUGGCCAUUCUGGUUGGACAUCGAGUACAAAAAGCCAUGAAUUUUGUACAGUGUUUUAUUUUCUAAUGUUUUACUAGCUUUGCAUUUGAAAUUUGAUUGUUUAUCUCCUUGGCAAAUUACUACAAGUGACUUUUCUAUGAUAUCACUUUUCUCAGGCCCAAGGCUAUAAUAAUGUACACAAAAAAAGAAAAAAGAAAAAACUCAGGAUUACGUCUGGCAUUUAAAGACCCACUCAUGGGCACAGCUCCUGUGGGCAGAAGUGCAGUUGUCAAGUUUUAGUGUUAACGUACAGCUCUUAGAAAAGUAUUGCUUCAAUUACGCAGCCCUGCGGUGCAGGAUGGGAAUUACUGUAUUACUGCCUAGUGUCAUGGAUUUUAUUAACGUCUAACUUAGUAAACUUAGAACAGACAUACAGCCAUAUCUGGUCUAGAAAAGACAAACAUAUAUGUAAAUGGCUUCGAGGUAGGAUAACGAAGUAUUAACUCACGGGGUAGGUAUAGAGUUCCAGACAAUUAGGAUUUUUUUGUUUUUUUUACUCAUUUUAUUUUUAUUUUUAAAAGAAUAUUUAAAACACGUCGUCACUGCAGAUGACCAAAAAAAAUGUCGGUUUUUCUCAGCGGCCUUAAAACAGGGGUGAAAAACUCCAGCGGCUCCUGAAAUGUGAAAUCUGACUGGUAUGUACAGUAUUAGGGUCUGUUCCAUAUAAAAGUGUAUUAAUGUAUUCCCACUAGUUCCUAAAAAUGCUCUUUAAGCCGUAUGUACUUUUAUUUAUAUCCCACAGCACCCCCACCCCCAAGGUCUUAAAGGCUUGUGGGAAACAGGGUUAUGUGGAAAAUAUUUUGUUAUUCACCAAAAAAGCCUGAAAUUUAGCACUUCUUAAGGAAACUUUGCUCUUAAAAAUAUGGUAGCAUGUGGUUUACUUCCAUCUGGUUAAAACACUAAUAUGGAAGAUGGAACGAUCAAUAGAUGUUUUUGCUACUUUUUGUUUUAUCAUUGUGGGCGACAGGAACGUACAGUUAAUGAAAAUUACCCCUUCACUCUCUCUGUGAAGCUUAUUUAUUAAGCUUACUUAUUACAGCGAUAAAAACUGACUUAUUGCUGUAAUUAAACAUUAUUAGUGAUACUCGGCUGCCACGGUAUAAGCUAUCCAGAGGAAUAAAGAGACCCCCCUGCUUCGGUCUCCUGAACGUAUGUGGUUGUCCGCUGCACACAUAGCUAUAUCUAGAAGCCCAGUUUGAGCUUCUAGUUCCACUACCAGUACCAAAGAAAAAGAAAAUGAAUAAAAGUGCUUAAAAAAACCCAAAGGUUUCAUAUAUAAAGAAUAAGAUAUAUAGUGGUAGAUAUAAAAGGUUAAAUUAUAUCUAUUUUUUUUAACCAGAGAUUUUUGGAAGAUGUGGGGCCCAUUUAUUUCAAAUAGACCUGCACUUAAAAGUAUUAUUUACGUAAUGAUGAAAUUCAUUUAUUGUCUCGCCAAGUACCGCUUUGGGAUACUUAGACACCCACCAUGCAAACUUUUAUAUAUAUAUAUAUAUAUAUAUAUGUCAAAUUUAAUAAAAUAAAAAAAAGCGAUGUUGCUAACAAAAACACCAACAAUAAUGUAUUUCGCCCCCCUUGUCCCACGUAGUGUUCUCUUGUAUCACGUCCCAGUCCAAUGCGAUAUAUUCAUCUAUUACGGAUUCUUGAAAACUGCAAUAAAUAAUGUACAGGUGCUGCAGUGUUUUUUAAUAUCAAGAUGACUAGUUUAAUCUGUGUAACAAACGUACGGUAAAUAUUACAGUUUUAGCACCUUUUCUUAAGACCUAAAGAUGUCACUUUUGAUACUGAGUGAUGCUGAGGAUUAGUCACUGACUAAGAUCUCUGUAAUCUCAGCUUCAUCGACACAAGGUACAUUCAUUCCUAGAUUUUUUUAUUCUGCAUCUCGAGUCAAAAGUGAGGGUUCACAUGUUUUAACCAGAAUGAUUUACGUCUAUGUUAAAAAAUUUAUACUUUAACUUUUAAUAAUCCCUCGCCCAAAGUACAGUGUUUUAAUGCAUCGGAUGUCUUCUAUUCAGAAAUUGCUAUUUUAGCUUCCGUUCAAACUGCUACUGAGAUCAGAGUUUCAUAAUAACAAUGAUUGCAUUUUGUGGGCGAGGUAAUGAGGUUCUAGCUGUGUUGUGAUAGGUAUCUGACCCUUGCGGGAAAAUCCGUCAGGUAUUAUUAGCAGUAUUAAAACAAACACUUUACGGAGAUGUUCAGACUAUUUAUAUGAUUUCUCGUUUAGCUCUGUAGGGUUAUAGUCUUCUGUGCCGGGGUAAGUCUGAAUCACAAUGAUAGCUGAAAUUUUCAGAACUUCUUACGCAGAAGCAAAGUGGGCUGGAUUUGUGUGUUUUUCCUUUCCUAUACAUUCUGUACUCAUGAGACUUCCCUUUUUCUUCAGGGAUAAACACAAAAAGAUGCUUGGUGCUAAUACCUCGUGAGCAAGCUAUGUAAAGCUGCCUACGGGAGAAGCAGCUGGUCCUGAGAUUUAUGCCUGCAGCCCUGAGCGUUUAUUCCUGCAACUUGUUGAUCAUUAUAGUGAUGCAGAAACUUACAGGAGACUGCAGGCGCUUGAAUUGAAAAGGAAAAUCGUUGGGGAUAAGGGGUAUACGUGGCAUAAACACAGUCUCACCUGCGCCUGAUCCCGAUAGAAUCUAAGCCUUAAUUAGGCUCCUCUGCAGAGCAGUCACUUUAGAUCGGGUUCCGUUGCAUAACUUGGGCGGAGUCAAGUUCUGCAGAAGCAUGAUCGGAACACCAACUCUCAGUGCGCUGAGUGUCAAGCGUCUGGUUUUUCCUUUAUUGCUCUUCUCCGUGAUGUCACAUUGAGAUCAUACAUACCUCAGUUUCUUUCUAGGUCACUAAGCUAUACAAUAGUGAAAUUGCGAUCCAAAUUCAUUCCGUAGUUUUUGCAUGAUGCUGCAACGAACAAACAGACAGACAAAACUUUUUGUUUGUCAUUUCCGUAGUUCAUAAACAGUUUCUAGAAUAUAUAUAUAUAUAUAUAUAUAUAUAUGUGUAUGUAUAAUAUAUAUAUAUAUAUAUAUAAAAUUUUAUAUAUAUAUAUAUAUAUUUACACACACACAAACACGGACACAUGUCUAUGUUGUAACCAGUUUGUAUUUAGAGUUGGUUAACCCAUUGACAGUUGGUUUAGGAGAUUGGUUGCUAUAGGCAACUUCUGCGCUCUUUUCUCUGCUUGAUACAUCAGGGCCUGUAGCCUAUUGGCAUAUGUAAUAGGCUCAGACGUCUUUUUAAAGCGACAAUCGUUUACAAGGCAUGGUUUUGCCUUGUAAAUGAUUGGCGCUUUCAAAAAUUUCUGAGAUCGGCCCCUAUGUGUUAAGACUGCAUUGUGAUAUAUAGCUUUCUGGACCAUAUUUUAGACCAAUUGUACAUAGUCAGAAGUGUUCCGAUAGACCUAUGGCAACGAUGGCUGCUUGUGCCUGUUGCCUACGCAAAGUGGAGGCGUUCAUUGUGUGGACACAGUCUGAUAUAUUCACAAGUCACUCCACUAGUGCGCAAGCAGCUGCAUGCCUCAGUGACGUCACUAGUUCUUAGUGAAUUGGCGGGGAGCAGUCCCAUCAGUACUGGCUCAAGCAGUAGUGUGGCACAUAUGCACUUUUUAAAAAGAACCCUAAAUGCAUACAGUUACAUAAAAAGUUAUUGAGCAACGAAAGAGGAAAGACGACUUUACUAUACGCAAUUGCACAUCUUGCAAGUUUUUUUCUUUCAAGGAUGUGGCCGCCCUUUCAAGACAUUUAAUGCACAGAAGUACUUCUGGCACGUGGACGUUGCAGCCACAGAAUGUUUAAUUGAAUUUCACAUAAUGGAAAAAAAAUAUUAGCCCAUUACACAGCCUUAAUGUUCUAAUCCCACACCCAAAAAGUGAGACAGUCAGUGCCGACAUGUAGCUGUUACUGUGUCACCUGGCAGCAGAUGUCUCCAUGAGUCAAGUCUUUUUCUGUUAGACCUUCACUUAUUUAAACCUUGGUUUAUUGUUGGCAAGAAGCAAAGAAAAACAUUUGAAGUGGAUUCUUGCUCCGCCCAACAUACCUUCACAAAUGAGUCUUUGUAAACAGGAUAGAAAGUUUGCCUCAUACGCCUAAUCUAUUUUCUUAAGGCUGCUGUAGUUGACCGGUUGUUGAAUGCUGUCAGUGUUCCCGAUAAUUACUUGAUAGACAACCAUUGUCACAUUUGUGCAGGAAUGUGGAGGAUGGAUUUCAAAGACUAGUCAAUGAGGGCAGCUAAGACGUUUGACUUCAGGAUUGUCACCUGAAUGCCUAAGGAUUUUCAAAGAUUCAUUUUUAGCUUGUAGAGCCUUGCCUCUAAUGUUGGCCACACAAAAGACAGUAGGCUCUAUACAGGUGUGGCCUUCAAACAUUGUGCCUAAUAAUGUGCCUAUGAAUGAUUCUAUGAAAAUCAACAGGGUCAUCUUCAGACAUGUUGUGCGGUUGAGUGUGGUUUAGGGCUGUACGGAUGGUGUAAUGGUUAGCAUCACUGCCUCACAGCACUGAGGUCAUGGGUUUAAUUCCCACUACAGCCCUAACUGUGUGGCGUUUGUAUAUUUGCCCCGUGUUUGCAUGGGUUUCCCUCCAGGUACUGCGGUUUCCUCCCUCAAUCCAAAAAUAUACUGGUAGGUUAAUUGGCUCCCAACAAAAAAUGAACUCUAGUGUGCAAGUGUUUAGGCCAGACUAAAUGGGCCUAGAGGUUCUUAUCUGCCGUCAAAUUCUUAUGUUUUGUGUUGCUUUGACUUGGCAUUUGAGCUAUGUAGUAGCUAGGUUAAGACAACCCAUUUGCAGUACAUUGGACAAGCAGUUGGUCGUUUUUGAUCAGGCUGACCAAUAAUUGCUGUUUGUACAAGACCACCAGAAAUCCCACUUAACACCUGGUAGAGAUUGAAGGUGUCAAUUGGUUUGUGGAAAAUGUGGGCGAUGACAGUGUGUAGUCAUUAGUUUACCGUGCUCAUUCUGUCCCAUAAUUUCAACCAUUUGGACCAGGCACCCAAUAGUUGGUCCUGUGCAAUUGACAUGUAUGGUCAAAUUGGAUAUAGAUUUUAUUGCUUACUUUCUGGGCUGAGUGGCUAUAUCUGGCAGUCUAAGGACAACUUUAGUCACUCUCGUGUCGGGUUAACCCUGACAUUCAUUUUAGAGGUGCCAGGAAAAUAUAAAAUAAACAUGCACUGAAUUAGUUUGCCUUCAAAGAAAAACAAAUUAUGGUACUCUUGCAACUUGGGUUAUCCUAUAUUCUUAUAUAGGCUUCUUCUCAGCCUUGUUCAAACAAAUGUACCAGCUGAUUUGCUCAUUGUGGAGGUCAUAUUUGUCCACUGAGCAGUGUAAAGUCAUUGCCGUUUCCCUCGAUUUGCACAGGUGGGUCUAGAUUUCCACCACAUGUACAGUCAAAAAUUGGGCAGACUAAAGACAUUCUUAGCAAAGUGCAAAGUAAGCAUACCAGUGCACUUAGUUUUGUGUAGCAGAUCAAGAUUACUGAAAUCCAAUAAGAGGGUAGAGACCCUAGACUUUCAGUGGAACCCAUUUUACACCUCCAUGUUGCACUGUCAUAGAGGAGGACAUAUACUGUGUGGAGCAAUGCUAUGUAAUGAAGCCAUAAACCGAGCAGUAUUUUAAGAGUAAAAUGGAAUCAUUUACUCAGUGAAAGGGGAGGUGCUAAACAGUAGGAGGUGGGAUUUCAGAUGCGGCUCUGCAGAUCUUUCUGCCGUUGUGCACAAUGGGGAAUGCUGUCAUGUUUUCAGAAGACGUCUGCCAAAAGAAUGGGCGUGUGAUUGGAAAUGCAUCCAUGCCCAUCCAGGCAUACUGACGCAGAGCCUAGGUGUUGUUGGGUGCGCAUUCUGGGGCAUGCAUCUAUGUGUGAUGCAAUGUGGUACACAUGUCUGUUGCCUCGCACUUGCAGAUGAAAGGACGUAGUCGCUUGGCAGCAGGGCGAUUGUACGUAGGCUAAGUAGUCUGAAGUCAUGUCAUGAGCGUUUAGUCAGAAAUGCAGGUUACCCUCUGUGAUUUCAGACGGAUCCCUUGCACCAAGCAUAGACUGGAGAAAGUCUGUCCUGAUAGUGAUAACUGCGACUUCUGCAAGCGGCUGGAUAGGGACUGUGCGAGUGCAGAUGCGUGCCGCUCAGAUCUCACCAUUUAUUUACCAGCAUACACUGAGGUCAACUUACCCAAAAACUGUGUACCAGCACCUCGGUGCUUUGUGAAUGAACGGCAACAUUUUUCACAUGGAAUGAGUAACAAGCACCUGUAAAAAAAUUCUACGGGCUCUGGAAUCAUUCAUCUACAGUAUGACGCUCAUACCAAUAGCAAUUUAUUCUGGUCAGAGCAAAUGCUGGAAACAUGGCCUGCAGAAGUAUUUGCUGUGUCUCUCUGUCCUGCAGCUUAUGUGUGAACACCAGGGAAGCGCAGGUCGCAGUGUCUAUUCCACUACCUUCAGUAUGCUCAGCACAGACUCCUUGUGCCUCAUUCCUCGUGGACAUCCGAAGAAGCCUCCAUAAUGAUCUGCUAGUAGUAGCCCUUAAGGAAAGAGGCUCCCUUGAGUGUCGUGCUCAGCCCUGAUGCAGAACUGCCACCUCUAGGCAAGUUUAAUUUAGCAUGCAAAAGAGGAUGGACAGAGGUGAUAGAAACAGGUGCACUGCAUUUUUUAAGAAAUGAAUAUCAAGAUGACGUACAUAGAGUAUACAGCUUUAGGGAGUAACGCACAAAGGCAACAUCAGGAAAUCGUUACGCCAAAAAUGAUUGGCCAACAUAAACUUAUGUGAUGGGAAGUUAUACAGUAGCCAGAAUCAAACAUGUUUGGGGAAAAACGUACAUAAAUAUUUGGGGGGAGAUUUACUAAGCAGUGAAAAGAGUGGAGAAGCAAGCCUGUGGACAGCGGUACUGUAUAAUUGUAUAGUAUGCAAAUUAUAAAUGUUACUUCAAUGCUGAUUGGUUGACAUGGGCAACUUCUCCACUGACUUCUCCACUCUUUUCACUGCUUAGUACAUCUCCCCCUAUUGUUUGUGUCUACAAUCAAUAUCACUAACUUAAAAUGUCAAUUAGUGUUUGUAGGUUCAUUAUAUCUAUGCAAAUGACUUACACAGUAGCUGAGUCUCAUUCUUUAAUAUCUCGUACCCGAAAGUAACCCAGGCUCAUAAAUGUUUCGGCCAAGAAAAUAGUAGAGUGUCACUUUAUAUACAUCCAGCUAAUUACAUGGUCAUUUGUUUUAUAAACUUGAUGGUUAGCUGUUUCCUUUUCAUGAACAUAACAUUCAAAGUGAAUUGUACACGCCCAAUGGGACUGAAGGAUAACCCCAGAUUCUGGAGCUUUUCGUGCAAAUUAAGACUAUUAAUAUUUAUCCUUAUGCCAGCUCCAGUAAACUCCAUAGUGCGUAGCUCCAGUAAUCCUAACCCUAAAAAAAACAAUUAAAAAAAAUUGACAACCAUUUUUGUGACAGCCAUUCCAAUGUCAACAUUCUGUACCUGUUGACCUAUAUCCAUGUCAACCUUUUGUGUGUCAACAUUUUUGUACCUGUUGACUUUUUGUCCACGUCGGUCAUUGUUGACCUUUUCACUGUCGAUCUAACAACCGGAACCCUUUGUAUAUGGGGUGUAUUUAGUACUUACCUGUCUUGAAGCUGUAGAAACUUUUGGGGGUUUGAGUGAAGGGAACCCUCUAUCUCUGUUUCUCCCCCCUCCACCUUCACUGCAUCAUUUUACCAGCACCAUCAGAUUUGAACCUGGUAGUUCAAUGAUCUGUUCAGUUCUGAAGAUUGGCAAGAGCUCUGGCACAUGGAAUUGCUGCUUAAGCACCGAUAUAGGGUUUGUAGAAAAUGACUGUAGAUAGAACAAGAUUCAAGCGUGCAUAGGAGGCUUUGGGGACCACAAUAGUAGAGUUAGCCUUUACUGAUCUCAAUUCCAAAUGUUGCAUAAUCUACACUGAGCUGGUUGAACAUAACAAGGCUGUAGAAAAGUUGCUAUGGGUUCCCCAUAAUAUGCUUAGUAAAGAUUUCUACUUCUUAUUAACUCUUCUCCAGGAGAAGCCAGAAGAGGAGGUUGUAGCCGGCCACUGACGGGGCGGGGCUAGGGUGAUUUUUGCCAUUAAGCCCCGCCCCCACAUGACAUAAUCCCGAGUCAUAUUGGUCCCACCGCCUCCCCACAGACCCUCGAUUCCCGGUAUUAUUCUCCUCUUCCUGCCCACUUCACUUGGAAAUGGGUGGGAUGCAGAAGAUCCACCCACUCUCUUGGGGAUCCGGGGGACUACCCGAAAAUCUGGAGUCUCCUGGAUGUUUCCUAGAGAGUAUGAUGUAUACGUGUGUGUGCUGGAUAACCAGGCCUGUGUAACAUUGGGCACAUUCAGUAUAGAACUAAUGGGUGCUUUGAGAAAGUAGAGUAUGAGUGUGUUUGAUUAAAUCGUAACAACAAAGAAUUAUAAGUUACAGGUAAUAAUGCAGCUGCAGGGUCACAGGGCCCAAUUUAGAGAUGCGCCAUGGGGCAAAUGAUGUACUGCCUUUACUGCAGAUGUGCCUUCUGGAGUGUGAUAAAUUGGGGAAGACCACACAAACAAGGGGGCUGCUGUGUCCUUUGUUACCUAGCUGUAUGCAAUAGAUACCAUAUUUACCAACUUUAGUUGAUUCCUUGACCGAGAGAAGCCCGGAGAGGAGAUGCAGGUGGGCGGGGCUGUGCUGGUCGCAUCAUUAAGUAAAAUUGGAACGAUCGGCACAUAUCUGCAUAGGGGAGGGGCCAAAAUGCUGCAUUAUUAUAGAAAUGCAUCACUAGGCCCAGGGGCGUUUUAAGAGAGGAGGAGGCCCGUGUGCAGCCUUCUGCUUCAGGGGCCCCCUCCUCUCUGACUGAUGCACAGGAUUUAAUACUUACCUCUCCGGAGUCCCCCGGCGGUGCCAUCCUUAUCCGCGGCAGCGGCAAUAGAGUCUGAGAACAGACUCUAUUGCGCAUUCGCAAACCUCCGGGAACACGGCGCAGUGGCCAUUUUCCCCGAAGCUUUUGCUAAUGCGCAUGCGUGAAACUCCGGAAAAAUAGCCGCCGUGCCAUCUUUCCGGAGUUUUCAGCAGGCGCAAUAGAGUUUGUUCCCCCUAGUGUUCAAACUCUAUUGCGCUGCCGAAGAGGGAUGGCUUCGACGGGGGACUUCAGAGAGGUAAGUAUUAAGCAAAUGGGUGCAGUGUGUGCGGGGUGGGCCCCCCUGAACCUGGGGGCCCGUGUGCCUCGUACACACUGCACCCAUUAUAGAAACGCCAAUGACUAGGCCCCACCCCCGCAAUCCAUGGAUUGCCUAUAUUAAUCUCCCCAUUCUGCCUGCCUCACUAGGAAAUGGGAGGGGUGCUCACUCUUCCGGGAGUGCGGGGGACUACCUGAAAAACCAGGAGUCUCCCGCAGGCUCCUGGGAGAGUUUUGAAAAUAUGCCCUGAACCACCCAUGGAUUGCAGAAGCCGUCUCAAGUAAUAGCGAUGUCAUACACAACUGUAUACAUCGCCAUCGCACACUAUGGUGUGCCAUGGGCGUUUACUAGACUACUCGCACCCACGCAGUAGCAAAAAACUCAACUGUGCAAACAUCAAUACUGUGUUCUCUACGAGCAAGCAAAGGAAUAGGGUUAAUAUUAUUGUGCCAUGUUUUUCUUAAUUUACCAUAUGCUUCCUGAAACACAAAGUAUUAAAGUCCCAACCAGGUGGUUCGGUAGGAAGGAGCUGGCUGCAUUUUUUUAACUCACAACCCGUUAUUCCAAAUACUUUUACAUUGACUCGGAUUAGGUUAGAAAUUGAGGAAGUUCUGUCUUUCACCUGUCAAAAUAACUCUCUAAAUAGGAGAGGAGAAAAAUGCGUUAUGCAAGUAUGGGGAUAUGCCUUUUUCAUUAAUGACUUGUAUAUUAAUUUUUUGUUGUACGAUUUAUAAAUAAAAUAAAA